AGCAAUCAGAAGUGCGAGGGGUAUUUUGGUCAGUGCAACCACUUGGUUGGCUCCUUCCCCCGCCUCCGUCGUGGUCAUAUCCCGUAGUCGUACCCCAGAGUCCAGAAAAAUACGGUCUCCUCAUGCUUCCGGACGCUGCUCCCGGGGACGACCCCGCGGCCGGAUCAGCGGAGGCGGCGGAGAAGGUGAGGGUGAAGGUGCUGUUCUUCGCCCGCGCGCGGGAUCUGACGGGCGUCGCGGAGGCCUCCGUGGAGGUGCCCUCCGGGAGCACCGCGGGGGAGUGCCUCGGCCGGGUGCUGGCCUCGUUCCCCAAGCUGGACGAGAUCCGCCGCUCCAUGGUGCUCGCGCUCAACGAGGAGUACGCGCCCGAGUCCGCCCCCGUCGCCGACGGGGACGAGCUCGCCAUCAUCCCGCCAAUCAGCGGCGGCUGACUGAAAAUGAAGAAAAAGAAAGAAAGAAAGGUCGUCUUCUUUCUUCAAUACUUGUCUUUGCUUCCUGAUCAAUGUGCACGCUGAAUAAUACUAGUAAUAAAGUUGCGAUGUUCGCUGA